ACAUUUAAGUGAGGAGCUGCUAGCUAGCUGCUAGCUAUCUAAAGUUUGUAGAACAGUUACAGCUAGCCACGUACAGUAAAGUAGCUAGAUGAAUGUUAUGCUGUCGUGUCAAGUAAAUACAUGCAUUUGUGUUUUUUUUUCAUGAAUGAUAACUUUGGCAUUUGUCCUGUCAGUUUUUUUGAACUGGCUAAAGCUAUUGUUUUGUAGUACACUACCUGAAAGCAAUUGUUUGGGCAGGUCAUGAGCCCCUUGCUGAUGCCCAACCUAAGGGUUUGCUUGCAACAUUUGCUCCCAGUUCUCUCAAGAAAUGUAUUGAAUCUCUCACACAAGAACGUGUCGCAGUGUUUUAGGGUCGGAGGUGUAAACACCUUUUGUACCAAGAACAUAAACAAUCAUGCAGUCGAUAAGAGGAAAGCUUUCAAAUCAAGAGACUUCGCCAUCAAGGAAAGACCUGUUUUUCCCAAGUCGGUUUUUGCAGCUGGAACUGCUAGACGGACUGCUGAGCUUAUGAAAAAGAAAGCUGGUUUUUCAGACACAGACGAGCCAUCAGACUACAGUAGGAAAAAACGUGCCGCGGAGAUACCAGACCACCCGCUCACUUCUUCAGAGUGGAAAAUAAUGAAAGAAGGUAGCGAGCGACCCGAUCGCUUUGUACUACGGAUGAUGGAGGGGAUGUUGUCGGCUAGUGCAGAUAUAAACAUAGCUAAAUCCCUCCUGGCAUAUGUCGCUGUGGACACUGGCACGGUGCCUUAUGAGUUGCUCUUGCGAUACCUCACUUUGUGUGUCAACGAUGGACACUGGGAUGAAAUGUACGAUGUGUACGACAUCAUGAAGAGUCGGUUCCGUACGCUGGAUACGGGUGCUUACAGUUUAUUGGUCAAAGGCUUUAGUAAGACAGAACGCUGGCAAGAGACCUUGGUUCUCCUUGAGAACAUCAACAAGAUCAUCACGCCCUCUCCUCGGAAUUACGCCAAUGCCAUCGCUGCUGCAAUGAAACACGGCAGUUCUGCCACCGCUUGGACACUGUAUAACCAGCUCUUGGAGAAGGGCAUUAGUCCUAACCAGGAUACCUGGAAGUAUCUGUUCGAGGGCGGGGUUUCUGACCACGAAUACGACGAUGAGCUGUUAUCCAUAUUACAGCAAAUGAGAGACAACCAGAUAUAUCCAGACGAGAUUCUGGCUAACACAAUAAGAAAGUGGUUUGAAAGUCGUCCUGACCAGAAGUGGACUGGAGGUAUCUCCAUUGUGAACCCAAGUGGAGUGUGUCGGAGUUGUGGCUCUGAGCUGGAGUCCAUACAGCUGACGGAUGAAGACUAUGCCGACCUGAAGGACAGUGUCAUGAAGAACGUGAUUAAGGGCAUAGAUGUGUUCAAGAAGACCACCCCUGAGGAGCUGGAGAAUUUCAAGGGCUUCGUCAGUAAGAGGCCACCGUUUGAUGUGGUGAUUGACGGACUCAAUGUGGCCAACACCUUGAGCCGAGGGAACGAGUCGGAGACGCUGCUGGCUGUGGUCUCAGAGUUUAGUCAGCAAGGUCUCUCCAUCCUGGUCCUGGGCAGGAAGCACAUGUUGUAUUCCACCCGGAGCUGGAACCGUCACCACAUGAAGCAGAUCCAGCAGAAGGCACACUGCUUUUUCACCGAGAACAUAUCUGAGGAUGACCCGUUCCUCCUCUAUGCCACACUGCACUCUGGGAACCACUGUAACUUUGUGAGCCGUGACCUCAUGCGGGACCACAAGGCCUGCCUGCCCGACGGGCGGACCAAGCGCCUUUUCUUCAAGUGGCAGCGUGGACACCAACUGGUCCUCAGCAGCUUUAUUCCUGGGAAGAUGGUCCGCUUUCAGAGGAUACAAAGCUAUGACACCAUUAUUCAGACCAACACAAAGUCCUGGCAUAUUCCCUACGAUGCACAGGGAGUAGACAGAUGUACAUAUGAAGUCCCAGAGAAAUGGCUAUGCCUUACCAGAUCAAACUGACAAAUGCACUUCUCUAAUCUGCUUCGUGUUG